AUGCUCAACACUGCUGUUAGCCAGUUCUGCUCUGGUUUCACAGAGGUUGUAGGCACAUUGUUGGAAAAAGUUUAUGAAGAUGAAGCUCCCGCAUCACAGCGUGUGGCAGUUCCAAGCGUCCAAGGGCAAAUCAUUCUAAAGACCAAGGCAAUGAGUAGAAGAGGACAUGUUGCUGAAGAUGAAUCUUUGUGCGAAGAAUCUGAAGAGGAUUUGUCGAGUGAUAAAAAUGGAGAUGGUGACACUAACCAAGAUGAAGAGGAUGAAGAUUCUGAGGAUGAAGAUUCUGAUUCUGAUCAUGAGACUGCAUUUGAUGAUGAUGGCAAUGGAAAUCAUGUCCCCUAUUCAUCCACCCGUGUUGAAUCUCAAGUUGAUGACAGUGAAGAUCUUGUCCCACUGAAGGUCCGUUUGGAAAGGCUACAAGCUUUGAAAGUUAAAGAUAAGAAGGAUACAACAACUUCUAGUGAACCUCAACCACUAGAGAUUAUUCCUCCAGAACCUACCAUCAAGCCCAAAUCCAAUGCACAAAGAAUGAAGGAAAAGCUUAGGCUCCCCCCAAGUGGUGACUCACGUUGUACCAGAAGCCAUCCUUUGGAUUUUACACCCCCAGAUGUCAACAUCAUGAAAUUUGUAAAUUCACAGGGUGGACCUAGCAACUCUACAAGCGCUACUUCAACAACACCUAUUGAAGUUCAAACAACUUCCACACCAGCUAGUUCUCAAUUCUCACUAUCAAAUAUACCAGAAGAGGAACUUGCUAAGUUGGAAAAUGAUGCUCUUAUUGAGUUUGAGAAGAAAAAGACUUUCAUGCAGGAGGGCAACCUAACUACGACACAGGUCUCACGUGUAUUCUGGCUUCUAGAUAACCAUUUAGACCAUCGUCAAAUGGUGAUGUUCCCUGUGCUUCAAUCACUUGGAGAUGGAAAAUCUGCAACACAAGUAGGACACUACUUUUUGCUUGUCCUGAACCUACGAAACCAAAGGUUUGAGGUGUUAGACUCAUUGAGAACUCUGGAAGAUGAAGCUCUCUUCAAGUGCCGCAACACCUUGAUAGGGGCAAUCAAAGAACUUUGGACCAAACAUGGUUAUGAGGCAAAGAAGCCCAUAUGCAAUUAUGAACUUGUUGAUAUUGGUGUUCCAAUCCAGUCCAACAAUCAUGAUUGUGGUUUCCAUAUGUUGAUGCAUGCUGAACAUUGGGAUGGACAUUCAAUGCAAUAUUUUAAGGAGAGUGACAUCCCUAAUAUACGCAAGCUUCUACUGCAUAAGUGGCUAACUCACAAAGAUAGUGUUGUGCAGAAUUAG